AUGUCUCUGGAAACCGGAAGAGAAAUCAAUGGGCGAGUGACAAUGGCGAUGCCUAUCAUUGACGACGUGAUGAUCAAGAGAGUGAAAGAACUCGGACUUGAACAACAGCAGCUGUAUCGAGAAUCAAAAAUGCUGAAGUAUGAAUGGCAACCAGGACAACCAAUCACCGCGGAUGACAUUGCUGCACCUGCUGAGGCAGCACAAGACCCCCUAAUCUUGCCUGAACCUAUCAACAUAAAUCUACCAAAUGCUGAACCCAUCCUUUCGUACCUAUUGAUGUGGAUGAUCUGCCAGGAGCGGAUGAAAUUGAGACAGAACUACCGGACAAUCAAGAGGAACAAGGGGGGAACUAAAGGAGCGCAAGGAGCGGAAACUCAAGGAGCGCAAGUUGAAGCACUGGUCAAAGAUCAAGGAGCGCAGAACGGCAACCAAGAGCAACCACAAGACGUGAUAGAAGAAAAUGAUGAAAACGAAGAUGACGAUUUCUCGGCAGAAGUGGAUGUGACUGACAAUGAAACGGAAGAUGAAGCUGAUGCCGACAAUUUGGGAGAUACCGAAGAGGACGUGGCAACAGUGGACGAGAAGGAGGACGGGGACCAAUUAGUAGUAGUGGCAGCCAGUAAUCCGGAGGACAAAGAACAAAGAGGAGGCCAUCUUGACACGAACGAAGGAGAAGACUUCGGAAGAGGAAAGAGAGAAAGAAAGCCCGCUGAAAAGUAUUCAGCAUUGCAAAUAACAGGGAUCAAGAAGACCUCUGGAAAGAGGUUCGAAGAUUUGGAAAAGGAAGAAAAGGUGGAUUUCUUCACUUGUGCAUGGGAGGAACACCAGCUCACCGGAAAGACUCACCUUUUGGAGCGAUAUACCACGGGACUUGCGUUUGCCCAAAUGUCUGCCAAGCAGGGCAUCAAGAAGUACGACAAAGAAGCAGAACUGAAGCUAAUUGCCGAGUUCGCACAGCUACUAGAGUUCCAAGUUUUCCACGGAGUUAAAGCAGACGGACCCGACGGCAUCUCUUUUGAAGAAAAGAAAGGAGCCGGAGACAUGAUUAAUCUUAUUGAGGAAAAGAUCAAUAGAGGACACACCGAUGAGAAUCCAGUGCUAAGAGCUAGGAGCGUUUUCAACGGUCGAGUGCAGCGGGGAAUCUACACCAAGGAUGAGACAGCUUCUCCUACUGUGGAUCAAGACUCACUUUUCAUCACCUGCAUUGUUGACGCGAUCGAGGGAAGGUUUAAGGCCACCAGCGACGUCAGAGGAGCGUACCUGAAUGCAAAGAUGAAAGAUCGAGUAAUCAUGCGCAUUUCGGGACCCGAAGUCGAUAUCUUCUGUGAUCUUGAUCCCAGUCUAAGGGAAUUUGUCACCGUCGUGAAGGGCAAGAAAGUGCUGUACGUACAAUUGGACAGAGCAUUAUAUGGCUUAAUCCAUACGAUCUGUGCGUCGCCAACUGUGACAUUGAUGGAAAGCAAUGCACGAUUUGCUGGUAUGUAG